AUGUCUCAAUACAUCCUCCAUUAUUUCAAUAUCCAAGCAAGAGCAGAAGCUGCCUAUUUGAUCGCUCUCCAAGGUCAAAUUCCAAACUUUGAACGCAAAUUCGUUUCAAGCUUUGCCGAGAGUGAGUUGAAAAAGCAAGCUCCAUUCGGACAAGUCCCAUUGCUCGAAAUUGUUUCCUCCAAUACUUUACUCGCUCAGUCCAUUGCCAUUUGCCAAUAUUUGGCAGAGCUUGGAAAACUUCUACCAUCUCAACAAGCUGAAAACUCAUCCGAACAAGGAGCCUUGUUAGAUGCCAUUGCUUUGCAAUAUGUGCUCGGAGUAGAUGAAUUCCGUUCUGAAGCCUAUCGUUUGCAUAGAAACACGACCGAAGAAUCAAAAGACAAUGAUAUGAAAACAUGGAAGGAAGGAAGAAUGCUCUUCUUCUUGGGCAAGUUUGAAUCCUUUUUGGAAAAAAUCAAAGAAUGGUUUCUUGGUCGGUAA